GUAUCUCUCUACCCAGUGUACAGAGAGCUUUACAAGUCUGGCCUGAGUGCGUUUCCCUUUCUCCUGCAGUUGGGCUUGGUGGCGUCCCUUUCGCACAGAUUCUGCCCAGCUCCCAGGAAGGAAAACCCCGACGGUGAGAUCCUUGCCGCAUUGAAGCCCAGCAGAUCUCCCGUGGGUUUCAGUGGGGCAGGAGUGCCUCUCUAGUGCUUUCUCGGCCCGCGUUUGGGUACCCGGGCUUUCUGACAGACCUGGGCCAACUGGGCGUUGCAGUGCAGGGCGUGUCGCUCAGCCUCGAGUCGCCCGGCGGCCCAUUGUGCACGCUCAGCGCGGAGGAGGGGGGGCUCCUGUGGCUAACACAGCGAGCGAGCGGGCUGGGCUGGCGGCGAGCUUGCCUACUAGCUGCAGACAGUGCGGCUUUAAAGGAGACUCCCUCCAGAUUUUUUUUUUUUGAAGUCUAAUUAUAGCACAAGCCAAUGAGCAGAUCGGCUGCUCCCCUCCCAGACCCUGCCUAGCGAGCGGGGCUGGGCGGCAACAGCAAGAGCGCCCGGCGCCCUCCCUGAAGGCAGCCGGCAGGGACGCGAGCUCAGCUGGUCGCGGGGUUCGGACGUGCGAGGCUGCUCAGCUGGUGCCGGCGUUCGGAGGCUGCCGCCCUCGGUGCCCGAGCGGACUAAGACCCUCCCAGUCUCCUGCAGCCCGCAACUUCGCCAGGGGCCGGUCCCGCUCCUGGGCACUGAUUAGCGGGGGGGGGGCGCUGCGGUCCCUGGCUCGGCUCGGCCCAGCGGGGGGAAUGUGGAAAUGGCCGGUGACAGGAGCCCUGGGGUCUUGAACCGGCCGCGUUUCGGGCUCUUGCUGCUCGCGGCGGCGGCGGCUGCGGGGCUGUGCGGCGGGGUCUCUGCAGUCAAGUCUCCCAGCUGCCACGAAGUGAGGACGGCGUUUCAGAUCCGGCAGAUCGGCCCCCUCAAGCUGGUUCCCGAUGUGCCCACUGCUGAAUCGGAUUUGCAGAUCUGCCAGCACAGAGCACCAACCUGUUGCACUAAAAAGAUGGAAGAAAACUACCAGACAGCUGUUCGGAGAGAGAGGACUCAAAACAUCCAGGCCUUGAACUUUGAACUGAAAUAUAUGAUAGUUGGUCAUAUCACAGCUUUUCAAGAGGCCUUUGAGUCAUUGCUUCGCUUUGCAGAGAAUCACACAACCUCCCUGUUUGAGACAGCGUACAGAGCCAUGGCAAAAGAAGCUGCAGAGCCUGUCAAAGAACUUUUUACAGACCUCUCUCUAUACAUUUUGGGUGCUGAGACUACAGUGGAAAAUGCAGUUUUACGGUUCUUCGACAGUCUCUUUCCUUUGGUUUACAGUCGGCUAAUAAACCCUGGAAUUAUAGAUUUAUCAGAGGAAUAUACCGAGUGUCUACGACUAACAAGACAAGACAUAAAUCCCUUUGGACGUUAUUCUAAAGAAGUGGUUACAGAGCUGUCAAAAUCUCUUUGGGCAAGUAGGAUGCUAAACCAGGCCCUCAAUAUGGGCAUUGAAGUGAUAAACACAACUGAACAUGCCGCUAUUACAAAGGAAUGUAGCAAAGCACUAGUGAAGAUGCAGUACUGUCCACAUUGUCAAGGACUGACACUAAUCAGACCUUGCGUGGGAUAUUGUCUAAAUGUAAUGAGGGGCUGUUUGGCCAGUGUGUCAGAGCUGGAUACUCAAUGGAGGGAGUAUAUCUCCGCACUGGAAUAUCUGACUAAUGAAAUGGCUGGGUCACAUGAUCUGGAACUUGCACUUCUGGGAAUCAGGAAUUCAAUCAAUGAAGCCAUCCUGCAUGCACAAUUGAAUGGGCCACAACUCUCUGCCACAGUUGACAAAGUGUGUGGACAGCCCCAAGAAAGAGAAGCAAAACCUUCACCAGAUAAUAUAGUGCAAGCAAAGGAUGUGUCUGAAACCCAGGCUCUCACGAUGGCUCACUCUGCUAAUCUAAACAAUAAAAGGAGUUCUCUGCCUCUGAAAGCUUCAAAGAAUGACAAAUCCAGAAGUUUGAAAAAAAUCUCUCGAGAGUUCAUCAACUACAUGAAACGAUCCCGAACCUUUUAUGCCUCUAUAGCAGAAAGGCUGUGUGAUGGGGACCUGGUGAUGCGGGACAGCUCGACUUGCUGGAAUGGAGAGGAUGUUGUGGAAAGUUACACCAGCAGAGUUGUUUCCAAUGGACUUAAGGCACAAAUUAAUAACCCAGAAUUGAAAGUCAAAGGAUUAGACCCUCUCAUCAGUCAUUUAAUUGACAAACUUCAUCAUUUUAACCAGCUGGAUACAGAGAAGACAAAAUUGAAGUUGGAACAAUGGGCUUCCAGGGAAAGUGGCAGUGGGGGCUGGAAAAGUGAAGCAAUGGAAUCAAGCGGGGACUGUGACGAUGAGGAUGGAUGUCAAGGAUCUGGUGACAGAAUUCACACAGCAGAUGUACUCAAAGAAAAGAAGGCCUAUUCAGAAGAUAGGAAUGAACCAAAACCAACUGUGAAAAAGAUUGACACCACGGCCACCACAACCACAACCAAGUCAUCUUCUAAACACGAUCUAGCCGGAAAUGUGGGCAAUCUAGCCUCAAGUUCCUCACUUUUCAUUGUAACGGCUCUAGCGAUUUUGUGGCACUGUCUGUCAUAGCUGCGUUGUAUUGCAACAACUGUCCAAGAAUUUCUGUCCAUUGUCAUUUAUACCGACAGCCUUACCCAAUGGAAAACAAAAUUAAAUGGCUCUCUAAUAUUAUAUGGUAUGUUGGAAUGAAUGCUAAAAAAAAAAAAGGCUGAGAUUGGCUGAUUGUGAUUUUCAGCACUUACACUGUGUCUGAAGAAGGUCCUUGAUAAUAUCGUAUCAACUCAAGAUAUAAAGGGAAUGACGACAGGGGAUCUGAGUAGUUUAAGUUAUUGGGGUAGAAAUAAUUAACACUAAAAUUGUAAAUUACUGUGUUGGCAUUUUUCCCAUUUUACUCACUAGGUAAUCUCACUGGUUGUUUCUGUUUGUUAAAUUCUUGCGAUAAGUUCAAAUGAACGAUCAUUCUUCUGGUGCAAGUUAAUACAUAUGGUAUUUCUCUAGUGAACAGCUAAUAACCUACGUCUACAGUGGUGAACCAUGUCAAGUGAAGUACUCUCUACUAGUUUCAUAAAGUUCCUUAGUGGCCAAGAAGAUAAGAGCAUGUUUGACCCUUUUGUUUUCGCUCUUACUGUUUAGAUUUUAGGACACAAUAUAAAAAAGCAUAUGGUAUGUCUGUAAUGUAUCAGUAUAGUUGCCUUUACCAUUUAAAAUUUUUUUUAGAAACACUUAACAUUUCCCUGCUGCACAAAACUUCAUUACCAUAUGCUCAAAGCUUACUGGAUGAAUGUCUGACAAAGGGAACCAUAAGUAAACACUAUAACGUUUUAAUCAGCUGAAUGCAGUUAUAUAUGAAAAAAGCUAAUUUAGUUCAAACAUAUUUUACCUGUUUCCUGUUGGAGAGGACCUUGUUUCCAUCUAGCUGUCAGAGAUAUAAAGUGUUUGGAUUCCUCUUACCCAAAAAGUGGUCUCCAUGAAUUAUAGACCUCUAUAGUAAAAUAUGCUUCAUAAACCGUGUAUUAUUUAAUUAUGUUUACUAUUUUAAAUUGUGCUAUCACAGUAGAAGUAAAUGUAAAACAAUCUGAAAUCUAGAACAACAUUCUCAGUCAUUUCUCACUUUGAUUUUCUAUACUAGACAGUGUCAAAAUCUUCAUUUUAUUCUGAUGAGAGUUUUUGAUUUAAAUCAAGGAAACACUGAUGUGUUUUAAAACUAUGAUGGAAAGGUACUAUGAUGUAAUUAGAUGCAUUGAGAACUAAUAUGUGUAUUUUCUGACAACUGUAUUUAUAGUGCCAUUGAAAAUAUAAACAUAUGAUACAGUAUGAGUACAGUGAUUACUGGUAAAUAUAUGAAGUAUUGGGAUUGUUAUCACAUUUACUUAAUUUCAUAACCAUUUCCACCUUUUAAUGGCCAUUUUCAUGCUGCAGGCUAUGAUGACAAUUAUGAUGUACUGUUUUAUAAGAUUUAAUGUAAAGACAUUUGCCUUUAAUUUUUUUUUGGGGGGGCGGGUAAAACAUCUCCUUCAGCACUUAGAUUUAUACAAGCACUGACAUUGAUUCAAGAGACAAACCGUAUAUCAUACCAACCAAGUUCUGGGUGUGAUAGUAUAGAAUAGGAGGGCAAGAUGUCAUUAUACUUGUGUGUAUUCAUGUGGUAUUAGCAAAAAUUACUAAUUAGCUACAUGUUUGCAUAGGAGGGAUUUGAUAUUUUUGCAUUUGGUCUUUAAAAUAUGUAAGUGCGUAACUGUAUAAGCAAAAGCAGAGGUAGGCAACCUCUGGCACGCAUGCCAAAGGUGGCACAUGAGCUGAUUUUCAGCAGCACUCACACUGCCGGGGUCCUGGCCACUGGUCUGGGGGGUCUGCAUUUUAAUUUAAUUUUAAAUGAAGCUUCUUAAACAUUUUUAAAACCUUAUUUACUUUACAUACAACAAUAGUUUAGUUAUAUAUUAUAGACUUAUAGAAGGAGAGCUUCUAAAAACGUCAAAAUGUAUUACUGGCAUGCAAAACCUUAAAUUAGAGCGAAUAAAUGAAGACUCUGCCCACCACUUCUGAAAGGUUGCUGACCCCUGAGCAAAAGCAUACACAUAUAGAAACUGAAAGUGGUCAACACAAGCAGAAUAGAAAAGGAGUACUUGUGGCACCUUAGAGACUAACAAAUUUAUUAGAGCAUAAGCUUUCGUGAGCUACAGCUCACUUCAUCGGAUGCAAGCUUAUGCUCUAA